AUGUCCAAAAGCUUGAAAAAGAAAAGCCACUGGACUAGCAAAGUCCAUGAGAGUGUCAUUGGCAGGAACCCGGAGGGCCAGCUGGGCUUUGAACUGAAAGGGGGCGCCGAGAACGGACAGUUCCCCUACCUGGGGGAGGUGAAGCCCGGCAAGGUGGCCUAUGAGAGCGGCAGCAAGUUGGUGUCGGAGGAGCUGCUGCUGGAAGUGAACGAGACCCCCGUGGCGGGGCUCACCAUCAGGGACGUGCUGGCCGUGAUCAAACACUGCAAGGACCCCCUCCGACUCAAGUGUGUCAAACAAGGAGGAAUUGUUGAUAAGGAUCUUCGUCACUACCUCAACUUACGAUUUCAGAAGGGUUCUGUGGACCACGAACUUCAGCAAAUCAUUCGUGACAACCUCUACCUCCGCACGGUGCCAUGCACCACAAGGCCACAUAAGGAGGGUGAGGUCCCUGGAGUGGACUAUAUUUUCAUCACCGUUGAAGAUUUUAUGGAAUUGGAGAAAAGUGGUGCUCUCCUAGAAAGUGGGACUUAUGAAGACAAUUACUACGGCACGCCAAAGCCUCCAGCAGAACCAGCACCAUUAUUAUUAAAUGUGACAGACCAGAUACUUCCGGGAGCCACUCCAAGUGCUGAAGGAAAACGGAAGAGGAAUAAAUCAGUGAGCAACAUGGAGAAAGCAAGUAUAGAGCCUCCUGAGGAGGAGGAGGAGGAAAGGCCUGUGGUCAAUGGAAAUGGAGUAGUAGUAACACCAGAAUCCAGUGAACAUGAAGACAAGAGUGCAGGUGCCUCAGGGGAGACACCCUCCCAGCCUUAUCCUGCACCAGUGUACAGUCAGCCCGAGGAGCUGAAGGAGCAGAUGGAUGAUGCAAAACCAACUAAGCCUGAAGAGAAUGAGGAGUCAGACCCAUUGCCUGAUAACUGGGAAAUGGCCUAUACAGAGAAGGGUGAAGUCUACUUCAUUGACCAUAACACAAAGACAACAUCAUGGCUGGAUCCACGACUUGCGAAAAAGGCUAAACCUCCAGAAGAGUGCAAAGAGAAUGAGCUUCCAUAUGGCUGGGAAAAAAUUGAUGAUCCCAUAUAUGGCACUUAUUAUGUUGACCACAUAAAUAGAAGAACACAGUUUGAAAACCCCGUCCUGGAAGCAAAAAGGAAGCUACAGCAGCAUAACAUGCCCCACACAGAACUUGGAACAAAGCCCCUGCAGGCCCCGGCUUUCCGAGAAAAACCACUCUUCACCCGGGAUGCAUCCCAAUUGAAGGGAACAUUCCUCAGCACCACCCUAAAAAAGAGCAACAUGGGUUUUGGAUUCACCAUCAUUGGUGGAGAUGAGCCUGAUGAGUUUCUGCAGGUGAAAAGUGUGAUUCCAGAUGGGCCUGCAGCACAGGAUGGGAAAAUGGAAACAGGUGAUGUCAUUGUCUAUAUUAAUGAAGUUUGUGUCCUUGGACAUACUCAUGCAGAUGUAGUCAAACUUUUCCAGUCUGUUCCUAUUGGUCAGAGUGUCAACCUGGUGUUGUGUCGUGGCUACCCUUUGCCCUUUGAUCCUGAAGAUCCUGCUAACAGCAUGGUGCCACCCCUUGCAAUAAUGGAGAGGCCACCUCCAGUGAUGGUCAAUGGAAGACAUAACUAUGAAACAUAUUUGGAAUACAUUUCUCGGACCUCACAGUCAGUUCCAGAUAUAACAGAUCGGCCGCCUCAUUCUUUGCACUCAAUGCCAGCUGAUGGUCAACUAGAUGGCACGUAUCCACCACCCGUCCAUGACGACAAUGUGUCUAUGGCUUCAUCUGGGGCCACCCAAGCUGAACUUAUGACCUUAACCAUUGUGAAAGGUGCCCAGGGCUUUGGCUUCACUAUUGCUGACAGUCCUACAGGACAGCGGGUGAAACAAAUACUUGACAUUCAGGGAUGCCCUGGCCUGUGUGAAGGCGACCUCAUUGUUGAGAUCAACCAGCAGAAUGUACAGAACCUGAGCCAUACAGAAGUAGUGGAUAUACUUAAGGACUGUCCCAUUGGAAGUGAGACUUCUUUGAUUAUCCAUCGAGGAGGUUUCUUUUCUCCAUGGAAAACUCCAAAGCCUAUAAUGGACCGCUGGGAGAAUCAAGGCAGUCCUCAAACGAGUUUAUCUGCUCCGGCCAUACCACAGAACCUGCCCUUCCCACCCGCCCUUCACAGGACUUCCUUUCCUGACUCAGAGGCCUUUGACCCAAGGAAGCCUGACCCAUACGAGCUCUACGAGAAAUCUAGAGCGAUUUAUGAAAGUAGGCAACAAGUGCCACCAAGGACCAGUUUUCGAAUGGAUUCCUCUGGUCCAGAUUAUAAGGAGCUGGAUGUUCACCUUCGCAGGAUGGAGUCUGGAUUUGGCUUCAGAAUCCUCGGGGGAGAUGAGCCUGGGCAGCCUAUUUUGAUUGGCGCUGUCAUUGCCAUGGGUUCAGCCGACAGAGACGGCCGCCUGCACCCAGGAGACGAGCUUGUCUAUGUCGACGGGAUUCCAGUGGCUGGCAAGACCCACCGCUAUGUCAUCGACCUGAUGCACCAUGCAGCCCGAAAUGGGCAGGUCAACCUCACUGUGAGGAGGAAGAUGCUCUGUGGAGGGGAGCCCUGCCCAGAGAACGGGAGGAGUCCAGGCUCUGUGUCAACCCACCACAGCUCCCCACGCAGUGACUACGCCACCUACACCAACAGCAACCACGCCGCCCCCAGUAGCAGUGCCUCUCCACCUGAAGGCUUCGCCUCCCACAGCCUGCAGACCAGCGAUGUGGUCAUUCACCGCAAAGAGAACGAAGGCUUCGGCUUUGUCAUCAUCAGCUCCCUGAACAGACCUGAGUCCGGAUCCACUAUCACUGUGCCCCAUAAAAUUGGACGCAUCAUCGAUGGGAGUCCCGCAGAUCGUUGUGCAAAACUGAAAGUGGGAGACCGGAUCUUGGCAGUGAACGGCCAGUCCAUCAUCAACAUGCCUCAUGCAGACAUCGUGAAGCUCAUCAAGGACGCAGGUCUCAGUGUCACCCUCCGCAUCAUUCCUCAGGAGGAGCUCAACAGCCCAGCCUCGGCGCCCAGCUCAGAGAAGCAGAGCCCGAUGGCCCAGCAGAGUCCUCUGGCCCAGCCAAGCCCGGCCACCCCCAACAGUCCUGUUGCCCAACCAGCUCCUCCUCAGCCACUUCAGCCACAAGGACAUGAAAAUAGUUACAGAUCAGAAGUAAAAGCGAGGCAAGAUGUGAAACCAGACAUCCGACAGCCUCCGUUCACAGACUACAGGCAGCCGCCGCUGGACUACAGGCAGCCCCCGGGAGGGGACUACCAGCAACCCCCACCCUUGGACUACAGGCAGCCUCCCCUGCUGGACUACAGGCAGCACUCCCCGGACACUAGGCAAUACCCUCUGGCGGACUAUAGGCAGCCCCAGGAUUUUGAUUAUUUCACUGUGGACAUGGAGAAAGGAGCCAAAGGAUUUGGAUUCAGCAUUCGUGGAGGAAGAGAAUACAAAAUGGAUUUGUACGUGUUGAGAUUGGCAGAAGAUGGGCCCGCAAUAAGGAAUGGAAGGAUGAGGGUAGGAGAUCAAAUCAUCGAAAUCAAUGGGGAGAGCACAAGGGACAUGACACACGCCAGAGCAAUAGAACUCAUCAAGUCGGGAGGAAGAAGGGUCCGUCUCCUGCUGAAACGUGGGACGGGGCAGGUCCCGGAGUAUGACGAACCCAGCUCCUGGAGUUCUCCCGCUGCCGCCUCCCCAGGUCUGCCGGAAGUAGGCGUCUCCCUCGAAGACGUCCUCUCUCCAUUCUCUCCAUCACAUCCAGCCCCACCCUCCGACCCUUCCCACCAGAUAGGCCCAGACCCAACUUGGGAUAUCAAAAGGGAACACGACGUUAGGAAACCAAAGGAGCUUUCAGCCGGCGGCCAGAAGAAGCAGCGCCUCGGGGAGCAGAGGGAGCGCUCGGCGAGCCCGCAGAGGGCCGCCCGGCCGAGGCUCGAGGAGGCACCCGGCGGCCAGGGGCGGCCCGAGGCCGGCAGGCCCUCCUCGGAGGCCAGGGCGCCCGGGCCCGCGGCGGCGGACGCGGCGGACGCGGCGCGGCCCGGCGGGAAGGAAGCGCCCCCCGCCGCGGCGGGCGCGCGCGCGGGGCCCCGGCAGGGCGCGCGGCCCCCGGGGGCCGCCCCGCCGCGCAAGGCCGCCGUGGCGCCCGGGCCUUGGAAAGUGCCCGGCUCCGACAAGCUGCCGGGCGUCCUGAAGCCCGGCGCCUCGGCUGCGGGCAGAUGA